CAACCCCAAAAAACGAUCCAAAAAAGUAAGACUCGAAGAGGAAGGAAGACAAGAAAAAAAGAGAAAAAAACGCGAGGUGCUCCUAACUUCUUUUCACCGCUAUCUGCCAAGAAUUGUCUUCCGGUGUUGACUUUUUUUCUUUUUUUGCGAGCACUGCAAGAGAAAACCCUCCAAAGCACAAAGUUGAACGUGAGAAAUGUGAAGCUACCGGCUUGUGUGUUUCAACCAGGCUCCAGGAUUCCCUAUUAAUCCAUGCAGUACAGUGCAAUGGAUGAAUUUCAUCCCUUCAUCGAGGCACUUCUUCCUCACGUCCGUGCCAUCGCCUACACAUGGUUCAACCUCCAGGCCAGAAAACGCAAGUACUUCAAGAAGCACGAGAAGCGGAUGUCCAAGGACGAGGAGCGUGCGGUGAAGGACGAGCUUCUGAGCGAGAAGCCCGAGGUUAAGCAAAAAUGGGCAUCCAGGCUGCUGGCCAAGCUGCGUAAGGACAUUCGGCAGGAGUACCGGGAGGACUUUGUCCUCAGUGUGACGGGCAAGAAGCACCCGUGCUGUGUGCUAUCCAACCCGGACCAGAAGGGCAAGAUCCGCCGGAUUGACUGUUUGCGGCAGGCCGACAAAGUUUGGCGACUGGACCUGGUGAUGGUCAUCCUCUUCAAAGGCAUCCCUCUGGAAAGUACAGAUGGCGAGCGCCUUGUCAAGUCUCCACAUUGCACCAACCCAGCACUUUGUGUCCAGCCACACCACAUAACAGUGUCGGUCAAGGAGCUGGACUUGUUUCUAGCAUACUAUGUCCAGGACCAAGACUCGCAGCAGUCAGGAAGUCCCAGUAACAAUGAGCCAGGCAAGAACCCUCUUCCAGUUUACUUGGAAGACAGCUUCAUCAAAUCAGGAGUCUUCAGUGUUGCAGAACUGGUGCGAGUGUCCAGAAUGCCCAUCACCCACGGUGCAGCGGUAAACUUCUCCAUGGCUGACAUGCCCAGCCAACCCUACUACCACGACCUGAACUCCAGCGUGGGGCUGCAUCGCUCCCUGUCCUCCCCUCCCGGCAGCAAAAGGCCCAAAACCGUGAAUAUGGAGGAGAACAUGGACACUAGCCCGACAGGACCUGACUUCUACUCGUCACCCAGCUCACCGGCCAGCAGUCGGGCAAACUGGCACGACAGAGACGGAGACAUGUCCUCUCCUACCAUGAAGAAGCCAGAGAAGCCGCUGUUCAGCCCCACCUCUCCGCAGGACUCCUCACCACGACUCAGCACUUUCCCUCAGCCUCAUCACCCAGGCCUAACUGGUGUAGGACACAGUGUUAUAUCGACGAGGAGCCCCCCUCCACACUCGCCCCUGCAGUUCUCGGCCUCGGCUAUCUUGCCCCCGGCGCCGUCGCCCUACUUCUCGCACACCACCAUCCGCUACCCGCCCCACCUCAACCCUGCUGAUCCCCUCAAGAGCUACGUGCCGUCAUACGACCCGUCCAGCCCACAGAGCAGCCAGCCUAACAGCAGUGGUCAGGUGGUAGGAAAGGUUCCAGGCCACUUCACCCCAGUCCUGGCUCCCUCCCCACACCACAGCGCUGUGCGACCCGUCUCGCUCUCCAUGCCCGACACCAAGCCCAUCACCACAUCCGCAGAAGGCUACUCAGCCCCUGGCACCCCAACGGCUAAUCGUUUUGUAGGCCUGAGCCCUAGAGAUCCUACCUUCCUCCACCAGCAACAGCUGAGGAAGUGUGACUGGAGCGUGACUCAAAACGGCAGGCAUUAUGGCCCCAGUGCCACUGACGACACUUUGGGGAUUACUUGGCAAAGUCCUGGUACCUGGGCGAGCUUAGUUCCAUUCCAAGUGUCGAACGGGACUCCGAUUCUGCCAACAAAUGUCCACCAGAACUACAGCAUAAACAUCAUUGGUGAGCCCCUGGUCCCCGCUGAGACAGGGAACUGAACACGCAGAGGCCCGGAUGACCCCCAGGGUGAAUGGGUGGGUGGGGGUGUUGGUGGUGCAGAGCUAGCACUACAGGUGUCCGCAGCCAUGGAUGAAACC